AUGACCGUGGAGGAGUUCUUUCAUUUUGCCGACCAGAUUUGGGAUUAUGUCCCUGAGAUAGUGGAUGUAGGGAUGACUGACAAGUUUGCAAGACUUUUUGCAGCGCGUGCAGUGGACAAGAUAUCGAAUCUAGUGAAGAUGAUUCCUGCUUUCGAUGAUGAUGAGGAUGAUCAGCCUGAGAGGCUAGGGAGACGGGGAGAGGCGGGUGAGGAUGUAGAUGAGGGAGGUGGUGAUGGAGGAGGAGACGAUGGUAGAGAUGGUGGAGGAGGAGGCCGAGGUCGGCGAGUGGAUAGGGGGAGAUUGGAUCGGGGGAGGAGAGGAGAUAGGGGUGGAGAUGGUGGCGAUAGAGGGAUACGAGCGGAGAGAGUAGUGCAACGGGUGGCAAUGGAUAGAGGGAGAGGAGAUUCAUGGUCACGCUCAUCUCUAAUGGUGAUGACGUUUACUUGA